AUGCCUCCCAUAAACAUGACAGUCGAGCAACUUCUCGGCAUCGAGGAUGCUUUGGUUUCCGACGAACAUCCCGCGCGUGAUGACGGCACCUUCGACUAUGAGCGCUGCGCCAGACUACAUAAUUACCUGGUUGCAUAUGGCUGGAUGGCCCGCCACGGACGGGAUACGCCUGACCUCACAGCGCUAGCUGAAGAGAAACGGUUCUUCAGCGAUGAGCGGAACCCAGAUCGAGAUAUAGGCCGUGAGCUCCUAGAUCCGUCGCUGAACGCUUGGCUUGAUAUGAUCUACGAUUGUACCCAGGAGCUCUUCUUCUGGGUUGUUGGACUUUCAAUGUUAUCCUGCGACGAGAGUUUUUGCUACGAAGAAAAUGAUCUUGAAGAUGAAGGGAAGGCGCGAUUUAUCGUAAUCUAUAAUACAACGCCUGAUGUGUACUCGCACUGUCUCGGGGUUGUCUACGACCAGCAGCUCCAUAGGGCCUCGUUCCCCUUAACCAUCGGAUCCUCUGAAAAUGUCGAGCCUAUCGACGAACAUGAGGAGAUGUGGUUUCCACUAGAGACUCUUCUAACGCACUGGAUCUUUUUGAUUCGUCUUGGCAAGGUAGUUGUCGGGCUCUCAGCGUGCGGCUCUCAGCACCGAGCCCAGGAGGGGUUAUGGUCGUGGCUUCCUUACUGCGAUGCCCAGGUUGAUAAUACUGUUGCUGCAAUCGAGCGCUAUCUAGUCGCGGUCGAGUCCCGUAUGCCCGCUGACUCACUUCUCCCUAUCACUGGGGCUCUCUUCUCAGAUGCAGAACUAGAUACGGCAUCUGUACCGCAGGAAUGCUUUAUUCGCCUGGUCCUGACACGGAUAAAGUCCCCGCGUUUCAAACUUAUUGCACCUGGACUGGAAGUUCCGCACGAUAAGGAAGCAUUCGCGAGGCGCCAAAACUUCACUCGUAUACCUUACCACGAGGGAACUAUGCCAGCAGUGUUGAUUUUUGCAGCAUCAGGACGAACUGUGGACUUUAACAUGGAAUUACAAAGUCUGUUCUUCGAGUGUCAUUAUAAUGAAGAUCUGACUUUGAGCAUGGGUACUCCAAUAUUUGCAGGAUUAUAUAGCGAGCCUGCAGUUCGGAGUAGGUUUGAGCCCGAGGAGGCAGGAUUCCGCCUUUUACUUCCGUUUGCGCUACGGCCUGAUUUCCGUGAUGAGUAUGGGGCGCGAGUAAGUGACGGUCAAUUAGUUAGAACAGGCUCGUUCACAGAACUUUUUCAACACGGCUGCCAUCAUCCAUUUGGAGGUGAGCACCGCGCGCAGAGGAUGGAAAGACUAUUCGACCAUUGGACCGAACUGAUCGAAAGUGGUGUAUGGACAGUAGGUGAAGAUGGUGUAGAAGGAGGCAUUGAGACAUUCCGUGAUGCAGACAGUGGCAAUGGUGCCUGGAGAAAUUACUGGAUUCCACCAGAUUGGUAG